AAUGACACUACGGUACCGGCGCUGUGCAUUGUGGGACACAGAGUAAGAUGGAGGCGACCAGCACGAGCAUGUUGAAGCCUCAAUAACAUGACAUUUUAAUUGUCAUAUAACUGUAUAAGGCUAUCAUUUAUGUUGUGUUGUAACAAUAUCGAAGAUUAAGUUGACACGUCGUCGUUGCGGGAACUGGAAACGGACAACGUCAGUCAUGUCUGCACUGGGAGGGUUACUGAAGGCUGGAGCGUCCUUCUGUCAGUCUGCUGGGACUCUGCUCCACACAGCAAGGAGCAUUUCUACAGGGACAUGCUGCCUGAUCAGGAUGCAUGCCAUCCCUGAGCCGAAGAAGGUGGACAGGUGGACUGAGAAGAGGAGCAUGUAUGGAGUUUAUGAUAACAUUGGCAUCUUAGGGGACUUUAAAGCUCAUCCCAAAGACCUCAUUGUGGCUCCCAGCUGGCUGAAGGCUUUCAAAGGCAACGAACUGGAGCGUCUAAUUAGAAAGAAGAGGAUGGUGGGAGACAGAAUGAUGACUCUGGACAGACAUAACUUGGAGAAGAGGCUCCGCUUCCUCUACAAACGCUUCAACCGCACUGGCAAACACCGUUAACAUGGAACAAACUAAACUGGCAAAUACUGUUCCAGCCAAUAAGGACUGUUUGAAUCGUUGUGAUUUCAUCCUGUCAAGAGCUGUAUAUUGCCUUUUUUCUAUAUAAAGAGAAAUUAAUGUAUUCUAACCACCAAACUUCCUCUAUCUCCUAGACACCAACAAGCUGCUUGCUUUUGCUAUGAUGUUCUUACCUUAGUAUCUCAGAAUAGUGAAUUAGCAUCAUCUCAAGGAGUUUAGAGAUCAGGAUGAGGGGAACCAUUAGAAUAUUUAAAUAAACAGUGAGUGUGCUUAUUCAUGGGGCAACAAUGAACAUGGUGGUGAUGCUUGGGUUUUCUCACAGACCAUUUUCAAAGCAUCAAUGAAAAUGUGUAUCGAUAUUUUUUAUCUAUAAUGAUGACAUGUAUAAAAAUUGACGUUCUUUAUAUAGCACCUCUUUAAAACCAGAGUUUCCAUACAAUAUAGCUACAAAGAUAGCAAAUGAGAGAGGAAUGGGUGCAUAAUAACCAGAUUUCAAGAGCAACAAAACCAGAAGGAUAUAAACGAGACUGGCACUCAGUAGAGAACAAGUCCCCUUUUGUACUCCCUCAUGGACACCAGCCACCUUAUAUGCCAGAUUUUCUUUUUCAUCCUGUAAGAUCUGUGCAUUUUUCCCUGAGAAAUUAAGGAAAAUGUUAAAAAAAAAAAAA